AUGGACCGCGACAGCUCGGCCAAGACGAGCGAGUCGGGGUCCUCCUCGCCCGAUCGUAGCCCUGAGACAAGCUUCAUCACAGCCAGCCACCGUCCCUUCUCUCGCUCGGCACUCCGACAUGGCUCAGUCAGUCAGCUUGGCCCAAUACUUCAUCUGCAGCAGCGUAUGGCCUCGCCCAAGCCUCUCCGGAGUCCUUUGCCCUCUCCACCUCCUGUGAAGCAUCCUUGGGAUCAUCUCGAUACUUCGGAGAGUCAGCGAAUCCACGACUGCGCGGCGCAACUCGACAAGGAGCUCAGCAAAGUGGAAUCUGAAUGGACCGCCAACAGAGUGGACUCGGCCAUGCUGGUCAGGCUCAAAGCAUUCGUCAGGAGCGCUCAGGAUUUUGUUGCUAUCGUCCCGUCUGCUCUCCUCGACGAUGAAGAGGACGACGCUGUAGAUUUGACGAGUCCGAUCGCGCGUCAAAUGGCUCAUAUCGCGCUCGCUACCGCCAGUCGGCCUAGAGUACACAGCGAGAUAAAGCGUUCAGCUUCUGCCUCGAAAGUUCCCCAAGCAGAGCGAGUGCAAACCAGGCGAUAUGUAACGCGCAAUACGGGCAUCAGCUUGCUCGAGAGCUGUGCCAGAUUGGCCCCAUCGCCCGUACCUACGCCCGGCGGCAGUCCAAUCAGUCCUCUAUCUUGCGGCUCGUCAUCUGUCAUCUUGCCGAUCACAGAGGACGUUGAGCAGAUCAGAGCAAGAUUGAAAGAUUACCUUGCAUUGAUCUCUGAUCUGCUUGCGGACUGCAAAGCAUCUGGCGACGCCCACGCCAUGGACGACGCAGCGGCGCUUCAGCCCAAGAUAGCUCUCGUACUCGCAGCAUGGACUGACGACCAAAGUCCAGCGAAUCGAAUCGCCACAGCACUGCGUGUCUUGCUCGCUCACCGUGCAGAGCUCCAGGCCUGCGACAACAUUGCCAUCUUGAUCAUAGCAGCGCAAGGACAGAUUCUGUGUGAAGCGUUCAACACAACGCUCAGAUUGAGAAAGGCGACCAACUGGGGUCAUAUCACGACCUGGUGGCGCAUUGCAGCCGACACGCACGCCGGUUCGACUUCAUACAGACGAGCCGAAAAUCUGAAGAUCUUCAUUUCGGCCGUUCGCAGACGGUACAGACUAGAGCUUGGCGACAUCGAUGUGCAGAAAUUGGCGAAGCAGCAAGACGACUGGCUCGCUAGCUUGCAAGAUCUGCUACAAGCUUGGCUAGAUGCCGCGAUUAUGCAAUUGCAAUGCUCAGCUUAG